ACAAUCACUGUGACCAUGACUGAUCUGGAGCCAGUGGACUCUGGACGUUACGGGUGUUUUGUGAUCAGUGGUGGAUCAGAUGUCAUGAUAGAAAGAUUCCAACUAUCUGUCACUGCAGGUACUCCAGAACUCUAUGUGGACCAACAGGAGGUGACUGGAGUUGAAGGAGGGAGGGUCAUUGUAAAAUGUUACUAUAGUGACACUGGAAAUAGGAAGUGGUGUAGGAUUUGUGUUCGUGUCCAAUGUGUGUGGGAGAAUUCUGGGACUACAGAGGGAAAAUCAGUGACCCUACAGCAGACCACUGAUGCCACCAGAGGAAACAUCUUAACGGUGACUAUGAGUGGACUGAAGAUGGAGAACACUGGCUGGUACAGGUGUGAAGUGGGAGACCUUAUGAUGCCUGUUCACAUCACUGUCAGACGACAACCCACCACACAAAGUACCACCACUAUGACCACAACCCAAGCUCCAACCACUGAACAAUCAUCUUUCUCUCCAACUGCUGAGCCUGUUCAGACUGACAACACAGUCCAAGGACCUGAGGGGGGCAAGGAGAAGGACUCCAUGAGUUCCAUAGAUCUAAAAAUGCUACUGAUUCCUCUGGGCAUGUUGGUGGUGGUGAUAGCUGGUGUCCUAGUCACAUGGAAGAUGUGGAGAAAGCAUAAGGACAAUAAGGCCAUGGACCAGACAACAAACACCUCAGGGCAGGACCCAUUUCCUGUCCAUGGUGAUGAUGUGACGUACAGCACUGUUGUCACCAAGAGGAGGAACCAGCUAAAUGUACAGACCAAGGUAGAACCAGAUGAUAAUGUGGUCUACAGCUCACUAGCCCUACAGCGAGACCGAUUUCCUGCCAAUGGUGAUGAUGUGACGUACAGCGAUGAUGUGAUGUACAGCUCUGUUGUCCUCAAGAGGAGGAACCAGCUAAAUGUACAGACCAAGGCAGAAGCAGAUGAUAAUGUGGUCUACAGCUCACUAGCAUAACAGCACACAGGUCAGUGUUGACUUAUUCUGUCUGUCAUGGACAUGGCUGUAUUUUCUCUCUGCGCUGCUGACCACUAAUAAUAAAGGCCCAGUGCACUGAUUUUGAGGGGGAAAAUCAUUUGCAGAACAUUAUUUUGUUUUAAUUGCAGCACCCUCAGCACCCCUACUUCCCGCGGCUAUGCUCAUGUACCUACACAGGUGACGCUAAUCUCUCAACAAAGAAACAGACAAGACCAUACAUUACUACUGUAUGUGUACAAUAGAUCACUAAUUAGUCACACACUUUUUAUCCUUAUCAUACAGAGAUGCUGAAUACAUUGUAAUCAUUAUUUCUAUUACAUGCCUGUAUUGUGCACCAAACUACUUUCUGUCCAGCAGAGGGCAGCAACACAGCAGUGACUGACUGAGUGAAGAUCUUGGGCUUAAAGAGCCCUCAUGCUGGAAGGACAGCCCACUCCCCCUCCUGUGUCACAACAUGAGUCAUGAAUAUCUAUCUGCCUCCAAUAUGCUUCUGCCCACACCUUCUAACCCACCUGUCUCUUUGUUGUGUCCAUAAACUACUGAAGACA